GAAAUGCAUUUAUUUCAGGUGUAUGAUUACAGACUGAGGCAUUUUUGUUGGGGUUUGACUGUGAAUGUGACUCAAGAACGCUUGAAAACUGUGUACACUGUAUUUCCCUCAAAGCCUGAUUUUUGUUUUUCUUCAGAGAUGUUUAUCUGACCAAGCUUAAACAAAUGUAACAUAUUCAGGUUUUACACUAAUAAAGAACAGGCAGUCAGAGUAACGAUAGGAAGAUGGAUAACAUAUUAAAUACGCUGUCGGUUGUGAGUGUAAUAUGGAUUAUAGCAGCUGGGUUCUUGAUUUUUGUUCUACUUUUCCUGUUUGCCAAGCGGCAGAUCAUGAGAUUCACACUCAAGUCUAGGAGAGGACCAUACGUUUCUAUUGGCUCAAAUGUACCAAAGUCACUGAGACAAGAAAUAUUUAGACGUUUAGACAGAGUACCUGAAAUCAAACAUGAACCCAAGCUGUUGAAUCCUACAAUGGAACAGUAUGCUAAGUCAG